AUGGAAAAAGAUACGGGCGACAUUGUUGUCAGUGAGUCCCAGAACAGCAAGUGCGAAGAAGAGCCUUGUUCGAACGACGACGUGGAACAGCAACGAAAGAAGAAUUUGUUCACUACAAGGAUCCUUCCAUUCUUUGGAUUGCAACUUGCGCUGUUCAUUGCGGUACUCGACAUAACUAUUCUGGCAACGUCCCUUCCACGGAUAGCAUCCGAGUUUCAAGCAAUGACCCUAUCGGUUUGGGUAGCUAGUGCCUAUAUGUUGACGCAGACUGCUUUCCAGCCACUGCUUGCAAAGUUUUCUGAUAUCUUUGGUCGCAAACCAAUCCUGAUCAUUUCUACCACUUUAUUUAUCUUGGCAUCCAUCUUGUGCGGUACAGCCCAGUCAAUGGUUUGGCUAAUCGUGUCCAGAGCAUUCCAAGGAAUCGGAGCUUCAGGGGUGAUGAUCAUUAUAGCCGACAUAAUACCUUUGGAAAAACGGGGCAAUUAUCAAGCGUUGGUCAAUGUUGUCUUCACUUCAGCAAGCGUAAUUGGUCCGCUCAUGGGAGGAACCUUUACUGAUCAUGUGUCUUGGCGAUGGAAUUUCUUCAUAAAUAUUCCCAUUGGAGUUGCAGCAAUAGCACUCGUCCUCAUUUUCUUAUCUUUGGCGACCGAAAAGCAAGAUAUCAAGACACGGAUCAAGCGGAUUGAUUUUGCUGGAUGUGCCUUGGUUUUGGGUGCCGCCACAUUACUUUUACUCGCCAUUGAUUUUGGUGGCCAAAUACGUACAUGGGGUUUGGUUGCUGUUAUUGUACCACUAGUAGCAGCAGGCGUCUUGAUUGCGCUGUUGGUGUUUGUGGAAAUCAAAGUUGCUCGCGAACCUGUGCUUCCACCACGCCUCUUCAAGGAUCGCACAAUAGUUGUACUGUUGCUGUUUACCUUCUUCGUAGCCUUGUGCUAUCAAUCAAUGAACUUCCAUAUGGCUAUCUACUUUCAAGUGGUGCGCGAUAAUUCGGCGACCAUGUCAGGCGUACGGAUGCUGCCUAUGCAAUUGACGUUAUCAAUUUCCUCCAUUUCUUCGGGAAGGUUCAUUGCAAUGACUGGAAAAUACAAGAUACUGUUAUCUCUUGGAUCUGCAUUGAUCGCCACGUGCAUGGGGUUGUUGAGUAUAUUAGAUAUCAAUACCAUUUGGGGUCAGAUCUAUGGAACCGUGGCCAUUGGAGGUGCUGGAUUUGGAUGCAUAUUUGUAUCAACGAACAUUUCAGCUCAAGCGUCGGUUGAGAAGCGAGAUAUCGCUGUCAUAGUUGGCUUGAACACUUUUAUGCGUUUGGUUGGAAGUACUUUGGGUAUUGCUGUUGCUGAUGCACUUCUCAAGAUGGGACUUGAGAAACGGCUCCCGCUUGCUAUUCCUCUCGACUAUGUCAGCGAUAUACUUAAUUCCCCUGAAACAAUCCAUGGGACUCUCCCGGUCGAGUACAUCGAGGCAGCAAAACAAGCUUAUGCGGAUUCCUUGAAGGACGUAUGGCAUGUCAGCUCUGGAUUUGUUGGAUUAGCAUUUUUACUUUCAUGGUUUACAAAGCAGCGUUCCAUACUCAGCUCAAAGAAACAAGCUCCAUCUCGUAGUGAUAAAGAGCCAGACAUGCAAAAACAAGAAAACGCCGUAAUUGUUGUUGAUGCUUCAUCCAUGAACAGUGAGGAUUCUGCUUAUACAUCAAGGCCUAAAUUGGGCGAGGACAACCAACAAGCCAUCGAUACGCGAGAACGUCGUAAGGAUACUCCCCCAUCAUGA